UCCGGCUGGGAUUAGUCCUAGCAGCGACACAGCUCGAAGCGGAUCGUGUAUUGGCUCACUCUGAAGCGCGAAAUGAAGAUUUUGGUUUGUUUGGUGGCACUUGUCGUGCUGGUGGCCGCUCUGCCACAGCGGUUGGAGCCUAUAAAGCUCAAUCCAUCCAAGUUGGCUUUGCUACCGAAAGAGUGCGGCGUUGCCAAGUAUGCCCCGAGGCAGGAUGGGAUCAAGAGUCAGGCGUUCGAAUUUCCAUGGAUUGCUUUGGUCCUGUUCAACAAAACUAGAAGACCGGCAACCUGCUUCGGGACGCUGAUCAAUCAACGCUAUGUGCUGUCGGUCAUUGGUUGCGUGAGGAAGACGAAGAAGGAUCCAGAUUUUAUUCGAUUGGGCGAACAGUCGGCGCUGACGAAUCCGGAUUGUAGCGAACUGAGACAGCGAGAUGGAUCAGUGCGAAAAGAAUGUGCCGGUCCAGUAGUGGACAUCCCCAUCGAAUCCUACGUAGCACACCCGGAAUUCGAUAUACCAAUGUACACCAACGAUCUGGCCUUGAUGCGGAUGUCCCGGGAGGUCGAGUACAACGACUACAUCCGACCGAUUUGUCUUCCCACAACCCCCGAGCUCCUGAACAACAUCCCACGGGAUCUGCUGAUGACCGCUUGGGAGCUGGAGAUGAAUGUUCCCACGCACUACGUUGGCGAACUGGAGAAGUACCAGAUCGAGAAUGUGGAUUUGGACUCCUGUCAGCGGGAGUACGAGAAGGCUGGAUUUACGCCGGACUUUGAGUAUAAGCGAUUCUGUGCGCGUCAGAAGGGACCGAAUUAUGUGUGCAGUCGUAUGGCAGGGGCACCUAUCGGAGCGGUGGUUGAUGUUGAGGGAACUCAACGGCAUGUCCAGUUUGCCAUGGCUAAGUUUGCUCCGUUGAACUGUACCGCACGUGAAACGGUUCCGAUCAUUUCGAUGCGCAUCACGGAAUACAUGGGAUGGAUUACGAACAAUUUGGAACCUUGAGAGGUAGAGGAGAUAGAAAAUUAAUAUCGAUGGGUAUAAAAGUACAACUUUAUGAUACCAAUAAAGAAUCAAUCAAUAUUUGAA